CCAGUUUGUUUAAAAACCAGAUAGAUUCAGCUAAAGCUAUCUUUUUUUCUCUUUAUAAUUAUCCAUUUCUUACUGGUCCUUAUGGCUUAAUUUUUGCUAGCUAGAAUUGGAGGGUAUUUAUUUAUUAUUGCUAAAUUAUGGUUUGCUAGGAGGGAGGUUUUUGCGUUAUAUAUAGCAGGCGGUGCAGAGCUGAAUGAAUACAAACUUGUUGAUACUUAACCUUUACUAUCUCCCUGUUCUUCCACCAUCCUUCUUUUUCUUUACAAUAUUGAUUGUGCCAUUUCAGAACCUGCAAAUAGAGCUCAAACAUACAGUACUUGAUAGUGUUCAACAAUGUGCAUAGCUGCGUUUAUCUGGCAAGCUCACCCUCUCUACCCUUUGCUUCUCUUGCAAAACAGAGAUGAAUAUCACAACAGACCCACAGACCCAGUGGCAUGGUGGGAUGGGUGUGGUAUACUCGGAGGGAGAGAUGCAGUAGCAGGAGGAACAUGGUUGGCUUGUUCAAGGGCAGGCAAAGUGGCUUUCCUCACAAAUGUUUUGGAGCUUCAUGCUAUCCCCGAGGCAAAAAGCCGAGGAGAACUUCCUGUUCUUUUCUUGGAGAGCCCGAAGAGUCCUAAGGAAUUUGCAGAAACACUGGUGAAGGAGGCUCAUCAGUACAAUGGGUUUAACCUGAUAUUGGCCGAUAUUUCGUCCAAAAGCAUGGUUUAUAUCUCCAACAGGCCCAAAGGUGAACCCAUUGUCAUUCAAGAGGUUUCUCCUGGUAUUCAUAUCCUUUCAAAUGCCAAGCUAGACUCUCCCUGGCCUAAGGCACAGCGCUUAGAACGGAAUUUGAAGGAACAGCUUGAUAAAUAUGGUGAAGGUGAAAUACCUGUCGAAGAGAUGCUAGACAAACUAAUGAGAGACACGGUUAAGGCUGCGAAAAGCAGGUUGCCAGGCAUUUGUUCUUUUGAUUGGGAAUACAGUCUAAGCUCCAUAUUUGUUGAAGUAGAAACUCCACUGGGAUGCUAUGGCACAAGAAGCACCAUUGCGUUAACAGUUAGAGCAAAUGGAGAAGUAAGCUUAUAUGAAACGUAUCUUGAAAAUGAUACGUGGAAGGAGCAUACAGUGAAUUAUUAUAUUUCAAAAGCUAAAGUACACUGAGACAGUAUUAUUAGAGCCUAAAAAUAAGGGAUGACUCCAUUUAUCGUAUGUAUGUUCAUGCUAGAUUGAUUUACUCUGUCAGUUUGCAGGUUGGCAGAUCAAAACGUGUAUUUGAUCAUUAUAUCAAUCAAGCAGUCCUAUUUAUGGAA